GCAUUCACUUUACGUGGCUGAUCAUCACUCCAGAAAACUGGAGCUCACCAGAUGCUCAGUAACGCGGCCUCGGAACGUAUUUAAAUGGCGAGUACUCAGCGCCAUGAUAGAGAGAUCCUCGAGCAAGCAUCACUCCGCCGAUGCUCCCGAUGCUCCGCCUUGUCGUCCGUCUACGCAGUCAUCCAACCUUAUAACGUCUGGCGCCACUCCGGCGGCCAGCCCACAUUCACGACCUCACGACACAAUACCUAAUGACGACCAUCAUCUGCAUGCUUUCAUGAAGAGCAUAUCUGAUAGGAGAAGCCCGCAUUCAUCCAACGAGAGGAUUGUUUCACCGGAAGAUGGGGGGAGCUCGCGCCCGACAGCACAUGCUCGCAGCAAGCAUGCCGCCAUUGCUGGUACGGUGCAGGCGUCUACUUCUGGGCAACCAUAUCAAGCUGUAACGGGCCAGGGGACUCGCGAUCCUUCCAGACCUCGCGAGCGUGAGCGCGAGAGGGAGAAGGAUCGGGAUCGGAGACAUGGUGAGAAGGAGAAAGAGAAAAAGCGCACGAAAGAUUCGAAGAGCGAGAAGGUCAAAGGUCUUGAGAAGGUGAAAGAGAGGGACAGAGACAACGAGCAGAGAAGGGAGAGGCAUCGAGAGAAGGAUAGAUCAGGCAUGGAAAAGGACGUUCUCAAGGAGAAGGACAAGGAGAAGGAUCGUCUGGGUCGCAAGCGCGAUGACCGUCGCGUUGUUGAGCGAGGCACCGUGUCGGUGUCACAGCCAACUCAAGGUCCGCCGACUACACAAGGGGCUUACAUCUCGGCAGAAAGAUAUACGGCUAGUGUGGGUCGGCAUGCUGGCCAAAUUCUGCAGACGCGCAACUCGUUCACUGCUGAUCCGACGGGUGCUCCGGCGCCACCAUACAUGGCACCUCAGCUUAAUCCCAGCAAUCAGACAAUUAACAGUGGCCGGCCACCGGACCCGCGUCGAACACCUCGCGCUGUGCCACUGAGUUUGACCGCGGAACGUGACAGGCCUUCUUCACGCCCUCAUCGGACACAUCGAGUCAAAGUCUCGGGAUAUCAAAGCGGACAAGAGUCCGGGAUGUCAAGCAGCGAGCAGGAAUAUCCGGCUCGUGAACGCUAUCGAACCCCCGACCGACGGCGCGAAUUCCGAGAGCUCUACGCAGACGGGUAUGGACAUUCGGGUAGCGAAGCCGAGCGUGCCAGCUUGCGGGAGCGCCGGCCCAGGCAUGUGCAUGGCGAUUCCGGUGGUCAGGUGAAAACGGGGCCUACCACUGACUCCGCCACUCGGCUGGCAGCAGGUCAGAUCUCCCAACAACCUGGAAUGGUCCAAGAUAGCAGUGGCGGGUGGCAUCACAGCAAAACGCGCGAAUCGCCCGCUCGGAGGCCUGCAGGACUCGCACAGUUACCUUCGUCAGUCCGCAUCCGCGCCGGGGAGGGCCCCGCUGAUCCUCAGACGCCGCUUCUGAUCCCGAAGUCAUCGAGCACUACCACGGUGAAUCGACCACAGGAUCCGACUCUGGGCGAUCGUGGGACUUACGAUGCACAUGCACGCCCGCGCACCGGCUCACAGCCCACGCAGCAAUCAAUGCCACAAUCUGCUCCUGCUACCACUAAUGUGUAUCCGCAAUACGCUUCCGUACGAGCAACCCACGCGGGAGAAGGAGCGAACCGGGGCUACGAAGCUGCUGGAGCUCAUAACCAAUCUGCACCCAAUACUGACUACACGCAGAAGGCAUUGACAUACGAGCAAUCACAGUUGGCGGCGGCUAUUGGGCAACCACACCCUGUGCAACAGGCUAUUCGAUCACUUGAAGGCAUUGAGCGUCCCUCAACGUCUCGAACUGCGGUACCAGCAUCGAACGGUAUGGGGACUGGGCAUUUCUACGACCCAAGUCCGAUGCCAGUUGUCAUGCAGCAGUUGGCUAAGGGUGAUGAACGCACACGUCGUCAUAGAUCCGCACAAGAUGUGUUAUCUAGCACCAAUCAACGCAACGCCGCACAAGCUGUGCCUGCUGCUGGACUCGCUCAAUCUGCAGCAUACCAUGGAUAUCCGCAAAAUUCCAACCUGGAGGCACAGCGUUCUGAGGUACCAACUGUUCCUGCGCAAUCCGGUGUACCUGUUGGAGUCCAGCACCCUCAACAUCGUGCGGGCAGUGCCCCUCCAGCCGAGAGAGCUCAUGUAGAUCCCGCUGGGCUAUCUGUACAGUAUGCUACAUAUCAAGCGAACGCAGUGGGACAAAUACAUGGUCCGCAUUCUCCAAAAGCGAAACCGAUCCCAGCGGGCGCGCAGGCUGUUGCCGUGGCUCAGGCGACAUUCUCGCCAUCACCCGUACAACCAUCAAGGACGGUGCCCAAGGAUUCACCUGGUUAUCCAGCUGGGACACUCCAAGAUCGCUCUGGUCAAAUUCAGGCGCAGCGUCCUACUCAUGCGAAAUCUAGUUCAGUGCCCAAUCUCGCAGCGGCGGCUAGGAGUCCCCCGAUAUCCCCUGGAUAUUCUCCCUCUCGCCAGACUCUCACCCGAUCCCCCGUCGUUAACAGUCUUUCUCCUCCUAAUACGACGCCCAAGCAUUCCGCCUCUGCACGACUUCAGGGCCAGCGGAAAGGGUCGAAUGACACAAUCACUGGACAAACCACGCCCAGAGCUGUAAACGUUGACUUGACUCAACAACAGCUUAUGCAUCGCUCCAGCGGAGCAAGCUUACGACAUGAUGCUCCCUCACGACCAGAAACGACCCCGACUGCACGAUUACCCAACCUUUUGCCAGGAUACCCUGAACCAGCGCGAUACCGCUCGCCGGCUCCACCUCAAUACCCGUCUGUUCCUGUUGUAACAUCUAUACCUAGUGCAUCUAGUUCUACCGUCCCAUCAAAUCAGCAUUCGCAGUCGUACAGUACGCAGACACCGAACGGUGCUGCACGGCCGCCUUUCUAUCCAAAUAUGCCAGCCCCCGCUCAUAACCCUACGAAUAGCCCUGGGCGCGACCCGACAACGUCGGCUGGACAAUCUGCGCAGGAUGUGCCAGCCGGUAACGUGCCGCACCGUCUUCCUCGAUCUGCAACAUCUCCGGCGCCCGUAGGUUCCCAGCGGCAAUAUCAAGAUGGUCUCUCCGUUAUGCACAAGUCCCACAGUGUUCCCGUCCCGUCAUCUUCUCAUCGGACUGUCUCAAACGCGCCACCCACUGGCCGACGACCAGAUCUCGCGCCAUUUCCAACAUCCUCUCACCCACGAACAGGAUCCGACCCUCAUCAAGUCUCAGGUACGGGCCGCGUCCCUAAGAAGCCUCCUUUCUUGCAUGUCAGGACACGACCUGAGCCGCAAUCCGGAUCUGGCCACGCGGAGCAGGACGUCUUGUUGACUCCCUCAUCACUAGCACUCACGCUUCCCCAGCAGCAGUCGACGACAGCCGGCUUUGCUCCGAGCUCGAACUCAAAGGAUAAGUCUCCAAGGGAGAAAGAAAGUCGGAAGAAGGGUGGCUUCUUCAGCCUCUUCCGAUCGAAGUCAAACUCACCAAAGGAAGACGCACGACCUACAAUAGGUGCCAUGCAGCAGCGUCGGCGUAAGGAAUCUGCUCCUUCCAGUUCCACCGCGCCUGCCAUGACCAACUUGGUUCGAUACGCCACGAAUCCGACGCCGCGCAGUGGAGACCAAGCGGCCAGCAAAAACAACGCAACUGCAGCUGGUAGGAAUGCUUCUGCGGCUCCGACAGGGAGGAAAAGCCCUGGUUCAAAGAUGUUCUCACCGUUCCGGUUGAUAUCCAAGCGAAAUCGCACGCUUUCUGUCGCUUCGCUGGAAGCAGUGGACGGAACUGUGACUCGACGAGAAGUUCUACUACCGGACGGGUGAGUCCGCCUCUGCGAGACGCGAUGGCCGCUGCCCAAGAGUGGAGAAACAAGGAGGAAGCUGACCUGCUUGAUCGCGGUAAUGGCCGCAGGCGCCGGCCUGGCGUGACGUUCGAGCUCGACGCCGAUAUUCCAGAGACUUCUCGCCCU